GGGGGGGCGGGGGGCGUUCGCCAGCUCGGAGGCAGAAAGUGCCACGACUCCACACACACACACACGCACGCAGAGCCCAGACGGACGGACAGGCGUGCAGCUGGAGAGCGGGGAAGUCUGGGGAGGCGGCGGCGGCGGCAGGCGUGCAGCGGGCACUGCGGGGCGCUCGAGCGGCAGGCGGAGCUGCCUUCCUUCUCUGGGGCUGGGGCGAGUGGCCGGCGCCGGCUCCUCCUCGUCGGGGUUCUUAUUUUCCCGUGACCGGCAGCGGCGGCGGCGUUGGCAGCGUUAAUCGGCGGCGCCUCUUCUUCAUUCCGGCUUCUCCUAGUGCAGGUAAAAGAAAGCGAAGCCGUGAUGGAUAUCUAUGACCCCCAGACCUUGGGAGUUAUGGUGUUUGGUGGAUUCAUGGUCAUUUCAGCCAUUGGAAUCUUCCUGGUAUCCACCUUCUCCAUGAAGGAGACAUCCUAUGAAGAAGCCUUAGCCAAUCAGCGUAAGGAAAUGGCAAAAACUCACCAUCAGAAAGUGGAAAAGAAAAAGAAGGAGAAACCUGUGGAGAAGAAGGGACGGGCAAAGAAAAAGGAGGAGAAACCCAAUGGGAAAAUACCUGAACCAGAAUUGCUCCCCAACGUAACUGUCAUCUCCAAAGACCCCGUACCUGAGAGAGGGGUGGUGGUGGCUCCUGUCGUGGUAGAACCUAUCAAUAUCAAGCCUUCUAAAUCUCCAAUGACAUCAACGGCAGUACCACCACCAAAAGCAGCAGCAGGGCAGCCAACCAAAGGAGCAGCAGCAUCACCUCCAGCAACGAAAGGAGCAGCAGCAGCAUCUCCUCCAGCAACGAAAGGAGGAGCAGCAUCACCUCCAGCAACAAAAGGAGGAGCAGCAUCACCUCCAGCAACAAAAGGAGGAGCAGCUGCAGUGCAGCCAACUAAAGGAGGAGCAGCAGUGCAACCAAACAAAGAAGCAUCAGUGCAGCCAACUAAAGGAGCGGCGGCGGCGACAGCGCCAACUAAGGGAGCAGCACCACAGCCAACUAAAGGAGGAGCAGCAGCACCACAGCCAACUAAAGGAGCAGCAGUGCAGCCAACUAAAGGAGGAGCAGCAGCACCACCACAACCAACUAAAGGAGCAGCCGUGCAGCAAACGAAAGGAGCAGCAGUGCAGCAAACGAAAGGAGGAGCAGCAGCAGUGCAACCAAACAAAGGAGCACAACCAUCGAAAGGAGCAGCAGCACAACCAACCAAAGCAGUGCCACCACAAACAAAAGGAGCAGCAGCACCACCAGGAAAAACUGCACCUGUGGCAGUGGUGCCAUCAUCCCCAGUGGAGCAGGGGGCAGCAGCACCAUUAGGGAAGCGGGCAGCACGGGCAGCAAGAGCAGCAGCAGCAGCAGCCCAGGCAGCGGCAGCACAGGCAGUACUGGUGCCACCAACAUCACCAGAAGGGGAAGGGGCAGCAGCACCAGCACCACUGGGGAAGCGGGCAGCACGGGCAGCUCGGGCGGCGGCAGCAGCACAGGCAGCGGCAGCAGCAGCAGAGGCAGGAGUGCAGGCAGUACCAGCAGCACCAGUGGGGCAAGAGGCAGCAGCACCAGCACCACUGGGGAAGCGGGCAGCACGGGCAGCUCGGGCGGCGGCAGCAGCACAGGCAGCGGCAGCAGCAGCAGAGGCAGGAGUGCAGGCAGUACCAGCAGCACCAGUGGGGCAAGGGGCAGCACCAGCACCAAUGGGGAAGCGGGCAGCAAAGGCAGCUCGGGCAGUGGCAGCAGCAGAGGUAGCAGUGCAGCCAGUACCAACAUCACCAGUAGGACAAGGGGCAGCAGGACCUGUGGCAACUGGAGGACGGGCUGCAGCAAAGGCAGCUCGAGCAACAGCAGCAGCCCAGGCAGUACCAGUGGUGCCAACAUCACCAGUAGGGCAAGGGGCACCAGCCCCAGCAGCCCCAGGGGGUCGGGCAGCAGCGAAGGCAGCUCGGGCAGCAGCAGCAGCGCAGGCAGUACCAGUAGCAGCAGUGCAAGUAGCACCAGUAGCAGCUGUGGUAGCAAGUGCCCCUGCACCCUUGCAAGGGCAGCCUACUUCAUCCCCUAAGGAAAAGAGGAAGAAGGAAAAGAAGGUGGCAAAAGUUGAGCCAGCACCCAGCCCUGUGGUGAGUUCCAUGCAUGUCCUUUCCUCCAAGUCUUCAGUGCUUGAAGCUGCUCCCAAAGAGGUCCCUGUGGUUGCUGUUCCUCCUGUUGGCACAAAGACCAGUGCCCCAAAGGCAGAAGUUAUUGUCAACCAUGAGGAGCCAAAGCAUGAAGCCCCAUCAAAGAAGAAAUCUUCUAAGAAAAAGAGUGAGCCAACUCCAACAGAUUCCGAUGGCCCCCUCUAUCUGCCCUACAAGACUCUGGUAUCCACCCUCAGAAGUACAGUUUUCAAUGAAGGGGAAGCCCAUUGUCUCAUUGAAAUCUUAUCAGAGAAAGCUGGAAUUGUUCAGGAUACCUGGCAUAAGGCCACUCAGAAAGGUGAUCCGGUGGCAGUUUUAAAGAGACAACUGGAAGAGAAGGAAAAGCUGCUGGCUACUGAACAACAGGAUGCUGCUGCCGCCAAAAACAAACUGAGGGAGCUUAAUAAGGAGCUUGCAUCUGAGAAAUCAAAGGCGGCUGCCGGGGAAGCCAACGUGAAAAAGCAGCUCUUGGCCAGGGAGCAAGAGAUUGUGGCUGUACAAGCCCGAAUGAAAGCUAGUUACCGGGACCACGUCAAUGAAGUACAGCAGCUGCAGGGGAAGAUUCGAAGUCUUCAGGAGCAAUUGGAGAAUGGACCAAAUACGCAGUUGGCUCGUUUACAGCAAGAGAACUCAAUUUUGAGGGAUGCUUUGAACCAAGCAACCAGUCAGACUGAGAGCAAGCAGAAUGCCGAACUGGCCAAGCUCAGGCAAGAGUGCAGUAAGCUCACAAAAGAAGUGGCUGAAAAGUCUGAGGCUGUGCAGCAGGAGGAACAGCAGAAGAAGAACCUGGAGAGCAAAGCUACAACCUUGGAGAAACAGGUCCACCAGCUGCAGGUUUCUCAAAAAGAAAAAGAAGAUGCCCUCCAGAAGAGGCUAGAUGAAGUGAGCGGAGAGCUUCGCAAAUCCCAGUCGACCUACAAAAAUCUUUUGGUAGACCUAGAGAAAGCAAAAGGAGAUCAACAGAAUAUUGCUGAACUGCGUAGCAAAUUACAGUCCUCUGAAACAGAGGUGAAAAGCAAGUCUGAAGAGUUGAAUAAACUCAAAGGAAAGCUGUCGGAAUCCAGUACGGAAAAUGCAAAGCUCACAGAAAGGAUUAAAUCCAUCGAGGCUCUCUUGGAAGCUGGCCAGGCCAAGGAAGCCAAAGAUACCCAGGCUAGCCAAGCAGAAGUGGACCAGUUGCAAGCAAGGCUCAAAGAGCAUGAAGCCCAAGUUACAUCUUUGCAAAAAGAAGCUACAGAACUAAAGGAGGCUGUUGAGCAGCAAAAACUAAAAAAUAACGACCUCCGAGAGAAAAACUGGAGAGCAAUGGAAGCUUUGGCAUCUGCUGAAAAAGGAUGUGAGGAGAAACUGAGUUCUUUAACCAAAGCAAAGGAAGAAGUAGAGAAGCAGUUCAGCAUCACCCAGACAAAAACAAAAGAAACUCUUCUCUCCCUCUUCCCAGACAUCUCAAUAGCCACAAAGCAGAGUUAUGAUGAGUGGCUACAGGAAUUCAAAGAGAAGAGCACAGAAGCUAUAAAGCAGACAGCACCUGCGGGAGUAUCUUUGGACUUAACCUCUAAGUUAAAAGAAGCCGAGGAAGCCCAAAGUACUUUACAGUCAGAAUGUGACCAAUACCGAACCAUCCUCGCAGAAACGGAAGGCAUGUUGAAAGAUCUUCAGAAGAGCGUGGAGGAGGAAGAGCAGGUAUGGAAAGCCAAGCUCACAGUCUCCGAAGAAGAACUACAAAAGUCACAAAUCAAAGUGAAACAUCUUGAAGAAACCAUGGAGAAGUUAAGAGGAGACCUACAGAAUACAGCUCAGGUCAAAGAAUAUGCGACUCUCUUGGAGGCGCGGCUAGAAGAGCACAUGUUAACGUCCAGUGCAGAAUGUCAAAAGUACGCGAAAGAGGUUGAGUCGUUGAGGGACCUUUUAACAGAAGCCCGAGAGCAGAUGGACGCAGCUAACAGUGAAGCACAGAAGCAGACCAAGGAACUCUCACGGGUCAGGCAGCAGUUGAGUGAAAUGAAGAACCAUGUACAGGAUGGUGACGGUGUUGGGUCGCAGGCUGAUCUAACUGAGCAGGAACCUAUCGAGCUGAAGACACAGCUGGAGCAGUCAGAAACCCUCCUAGAGAAGGAACAGAUCCAGCGGCAGAAGCUUACAGCUGAGUUUGAGGAGGCCCAGAAUUCAGUGUGUAAUUUGCAAGCAGAAUUGGAGAAACUUCGAACAUCCACCAGCAUAGAAUCUUCAGAAACAGAGGAAGCCAUUCAUCUGAAGGAAAGGCUGGAAAAAGAAAAGAAGUUAACAAAGGGCUUGGGUCAAGCUACUACCAAGCUCCAAGGGCUUUUGAAGAUAAGUCAGGAGCAGUUAACCAAGGAGAAAGAAAUGGUAAAGAAGUUGCAAGAGAAGCUUGAGAAGACGGAGGAUGCCGAUAGUACAAAGGAAGGGACCUCUGUCUGAAACACCUCUGGAAUUAAAAGUUCCUUAUUCAACUUUACCAAAAUGCCUUACACAUUCCUUAAAAACAAACCAACCUGAAAAAAAAAAUACACAUGUUCCACAUCCUGUAGCUAUGAGACAGAAGCCAUUAGUGAACCAGAACCUCUUAGAUUCACAAAAAAAAACCAUACUACAGGCACCACCUUUAUAAAGGAAUCUUUGUAACGUUUUCUAAAACGGUGUUCCCUGGGGCAAGCCCUGGACUGUCAGGAAGCGGACUCCAAAGCCUUUAUUAACUCUUCUGUAUGAACAGAACCCAUGAAUGUGUGAAACAGGGGAGGGGGGUGGGGGUGGGGAGAGUGGGAGGGAGAAAGUCUAUGUAUCUGUACGUCAAUCUGUGCAAUUGUUUUCGGGUGGGGGUGGAAGUGACUGUUUCUGCAGAGUUAUUGAGAAUGGGGAGAAAGCAGGCUUGAGAGGGAAGUGUCUAGGAAGUGGGCCAUGCAGUUGCCAACAAGAUCUGAUUGUGAACUUCUGGAUGUUACUGCUAUUAAAACCAAUGUUGUAGCCAUCA